AUGUUAAUAUUAAGAUUAAUUGGUUUACUUGCUUUAUUAUAUUUAUUUGUUUGUUCACUUGAUUUAAUGAGUUCAGGUAAAAUAACAGGGAAAGUUUUUGCUGAAGGAGCAAUUCUUUCAAAUCCUAUCGCUGGAUUAAUGAUUGGUUUAUUAGCAACGGUUCUUGUUCAAAGUUCAUCAACAUCAACAUCAAUUGUUGUAUCAAUGGUUUCAUCAUCCAGAGCAAACAUAGGCACAUCUGUAACCAACACAUUGGUGGCUUUAACACAAUCAGGAAAACGUGAAGAAUUUAGUCGUGCAUUUGCUGGUGCAACUGUUCAUGAUAUGUUCAAUUGGUUAACAGUACUUAUAUUAUUACCAAUUGAAAUAGCUUCAGAUAUGCUAUAUCAUUUAACUAAUGCAAUAACAAAAUCAAUAAAUUUAAAACGAAAUCCAAAUUCUAAUCCUGAAUUUCUUACUGUUAUAACAAAACCAUUAACAGAAAGAAUUGUUCAACUCGAUAAAAAAGCUAUUGAAAGUAUAGCAUUGGGUAAUGCUAGUGCAGAUAUAUCUUUAUUAAAACGAUAUUGUUCAUUUAAAAAUGAAAGUGACAAUGGUACAUUUAUUCAAGUUCCAGAUAAAUAUUGUUCAUUUUUAUUUGCUAAAGUUCAAUGGGCUGAUUGGCUUAUUGGACUUGUUUUAUUGAUUAUUUCAAUCAUUUGUCUUUGUCUUUGUCUUUUUUUACUUGUUAAAAUUCUUCAAUCAUUACUCAAAGGAACAGUGAAAAAUAUCAUAUUUAAAGUAGUUAAUACAGAUUUUCCUGGAAUGUUUAAACAUUUAACACCAUAUUUAGCUAUUCUUGUUGGAUGUAUAUUAACAAUAUUAGUUCAAAGUAGUUCAAUAUUUACAUCAACAUUAACACCAUUAGUUGGUCUUGGUAUAAUAACAAUUGAAAGAGUUUAUCCAUUUACAAUAGGUUCAAAUAUUGGUACAACAAUAACUGGUAUUAUGGCUGCAUUAACUGCAACUAGUGAAAAAGAUUUAAGAAAUUCAUUACAAAUAGCAUUGUGUCAUACUUUUUUUAAUAUUAUUGGAAUUUUAAUUUGGUUUCCAAUUCCAUUUAUGCGAUUUCCAAUUCCAAUGGCUAAAAAUCUAGGUGAAAUAGCAGCUAAAUAUCGAUGGUAUGUUUUUGGUGGUGUUCUUGGUCCAAUAGUGUUGAUUAUUAUCUUAGUUAUUCUAAUAAAUAUUCUUCAAAAAUACAAACCAAAUUUUUUACCAGCUCCAUUACGAACAUGGUUAUGA